AUGCUACUAGUUCACGUCGCAUGCAUGACUGGUCAGCAAGUCGCUUAAAUUACACGUCAUCAUCAUCCUGAAGAAACAUGGCUGGCGUUGGAGCAUUCCUUAGAAAUGCCUGGAACAAGGAGCCUGUUAUCACAGCCUCCUGCGCACUCGGUCUAAUAGCUGUGGUCUUUCCAUUUGUGAGCCCCUACACAAAGUACUCAGCCAUGAUCAACAAGGCAACACCGUACAGCUAUCCAGUCCCAGUCCGAGAUGAUGGGAACAUGCCAGAUGUCCCCAGCCACCCGUGCAGUCAAGAGGGUCCCAACCUGGAGUGGCUGAAGAAGCUGUAAGGCUCCAACUAUUGUACAGAACAACCACGUCUCACCUGUCUCCGUUUAAGUGUUAAUGACCACAUGAUGCUGAAUAAAAUUCCUUUAUUUAAAAUACA